CAGCUAUAAGGCCUGUGGAGAGGAGGGGCCCCAUUGCUUCCCGAUGACACAGAGGAUGAAGACAGUCCUGCUGCUCCUUGUCACCCUGGCUGUGACCCUGGGCCCAGCCUACACACUCCACUGUCAUGUGUGUGCCGACACUGGCAACUGCAAGAAGCCCCAGCACUGUCCUAGCAGCUCCCGCUACUGCAAGACUGUGACUUUAGUGGAGAGUCUGACAGGGAACCUGGUGAAGAAGACCUGUGAGGACUCAUGCACACCUGCCUACAGCCAGCAGGGCCACCAGGUCAGCAGCGGUGCCGGGUCAACACACUGUUGCCAGGAAGACCUGUGCAAUGAGAGGGUGCACAGUGCUGCACCACCGGCCCAUGCCCUGCUCAGCAGCGCCAUCUUGGGCCUAGUGCUGGCCCUGGGGCUCCUCGGCCUGCUCAUGGCUCCCAGCCUGUAACCCCUUUCCCUUUCACUUCCUGAGUUACCACAGUCCCCUCUCUGGCCAUAUGGGGGUGCAAGAUCCCUGAGGCCAGAGACUCCCUGCAGGCUGGAGCCCAGUCCUGGUGGGCACAGGAUGUCUCUCAGGACAAGAGGAGGGGGCCAGCCAGGCAGCAUGGAGGACAAAGGACAGAUGUCGUUCAGAUUCCCACUCCUGAAUUUUCUACUUAUGUUACUUAUUUUUCUACUCAGAUCUCUGCAUAUAAAUAAAUGAUUUAAAACCA